AUGGGUUGUUUAUAACCAAAAAAGCUAAAUAGGAUAGUGGCAAUGCAAACAACCAAUAAAGAUCUCGUAUUCACAUCUACCGCGGAUAUUCACAAACUUUAUUCUUUUGGUAAAGUAUUAGGGAUAGGUGCUUUUGGUAAGGUAUUGGUUGCCAAAAUGAGAAACAACAAUUCGAAACAAUAUGCAAUUAAAAUGAUCGACAAGCGGAAAGUAAGAGGGAGAGAAGCAAUGUUGGCAAAUGAGAUCUACGUCCUUCAGAAGUUAGAUCAUCCCAAUAUAAUUAAAUUUUAUGAAGUUUAUCAAAAUGAACUUUACUUUUACAUAAUUAUGGAUUAUUGUGAAGGUGGAGAAUUGGUAGAACGGAUAUAAAAAAGUCAAAAAAAUCUUAGUGAAGGUCAGGUGCAGAACAUUAUAUUUAAAAUCUGUUCAGCAAUCAUGUAUAUCCAUGAAUAGGGCAUCAUCCAUCGAGAUAUCAAACCUGAGAAUAUUUUGUUUUCGACCAAAGAUCCAAAUGCAGAACCUAAAUUAAUAGAUUUUGGAUUGGCUAUAAAAUUUGACUCUAGCAAUCUUAAACAAUUAAAAGCAGCUGUAGGCACUCCUUUGUAUUUGGCACCUGAAGUUAUCGAAGGCAAGUAUAAUGAAAAGUGCGAUGUUUGGAGUCUUGGCAUUUUACUCUUUCAUCUAUUGUGUGGCUAUCCACCCUUUUAUGGAAAAAAUAGAACGGAUCUUUAUGAAAAUAUCUAAUAUCAAAAUUUAAUUUUUGAUAGGAGACAUUGGAAUAAUGUUAGUGAAGAAGCUAAAGAUUUAAUUAAGAAAAUGUUGAAUAAAAAUCAUAAUAUUAGACCAAGUGCAAAGGAUUGUCUUCGUCAUUCUUGGUUCCGUAAAAAAUUUCAAAAUCCUGUCAAAUUGUAAAGAGGGAGGAGUACUAUAAUUUCAAUGAAAUCACCUUAAUCAGAAGAUUAAAGAUCCAUCUAUUAAAUGUUGAAAACAUAUAGAAUAGGAGCUAAAUUUAAGAAAGAAGUAAUGAAGGUGUUAGUAAAUUAAAUGAACGAGAAAGAAUUGGGGAGAUUAAAACAAGUAUUUUAAAAAAUAGAUGUCGAUAAUUCAGGAACUAUAACUGUGUAAGAAUUGAAAGAGGCAUUGUUGGAGGAAGGAUCGCAAAUAUCUCAUGAAGAAAUAGAAUAAUUGAUAUAACUUGUGGGAUUUGAGGUUUUUGAAGAGGAUAAAGAUGAUAACGAUUGUGCAUCUACAACCAAAUCUAGCAAGCCACUUGUAAUCAAAUAUAGUGAUUUUCUGGCUGCAUGUGUAGAUGAAAGAAGAGUGUUAACCAGAGAAAAAUUGUGGUCUGUAUUCAAAUAUUUUGAUACUCAAGAUGUGAAUUUCAUUAUGAAAGAAGAUAUCAAAGAAGCAUUAGCUAGACAUGGGAGAUAGUUAUCAGAUGAGAAAAUAGAAGAGAUGAUUUAUGAGAUCGAUCCUAAUCACGAUAACAAAAUUAGUUUUGAGGAGUUCUGUUAAAUGAUGGGUGUUGCUGGAGUUGAAUAAACUAUGGAUUUUAAGGAUGAGGUAAAAGAGCAAUAAAUUUUUCAUCAAUCUCCAGAAUGA